AAUACACCUGUCAUUAAACAGGGGUAUAUUAAAACCCGUGAAUAGUUAUCAAAUGAUAUUUGAAUUAAUAGGUGUAGUUUAAUUGGAAAGUUAAAUACACGUAAAAAUAAAGACUUCAACAAUGCUUUUGAGGUUGCUGUUGUCUCUGAGUUUAGUUUUUCUAUUCAUUAAAGCAAGCCUAGCGUCAACUGAAGCGGUUAUUCAAACAAGUACAGGAUUGCAUCAUAUAGAAGCGGAAAUUCGUUUUCUCUACAGACAUAAACGGACAUUCAAAACAAAUUUUGGUUCACAAUCAACAUACACAGCUACAAAUGGUCUGACAUGUCUCGUCUGUCCUCCUGGUUUUUACAGAAAAUCUGACUGCACAACAAAUAGUACAAUAGCAGUAUGUGAGCCAUGUAAGGAUAGACAUUACAAUAACCAGUAUAAUAUAGCAACUAGCUGUGCUCAAUGUAGUGCUUACUGUAUUGACAAGAAUGCAGUACCGGAAACCACGUGUAACGCCACUGCUGAUAUGACUUGUCGUUGUAAGGAUGGCUAUUUCAAUCAUUCAAAGGGUAGUGGUGAAUGGAUAUGUUUACAACAUAGUCCUUGCCAACCUGGAACAGAACUUAGGAAUACAGGAACACCUGAACACAAUACAGUAUGCAACAUGUGUGAGAACGGAACGUUUUCUCCUAAUAUGUCAUUAACAGCUAAAUGUUUGCCAUGUUCGACCUGUGAUGGUGAUCGAAAAAUUCAUAAAGCCUGUAAUGAAAAAACUGACGUUAUAUGUUCUUCACACGAUACGACGCCAAUAGUAAACAUAGUUGUGGCUGUAGUUAUAACGUUUAUAGCGAUAGCUGUUAUAGUUAUAGCUGUGGUGUGUCUUCACAGAAAGGGGAAACUAAGCAUUUACAAAACGUCCGGGAAAACAGAUGGAGAUGAUAAGCCUUAUGUCGGAAUAGACUUAAACGAAAACACAAUCAAUGAACGAAAAGAAUUGUGCAAUCCUCAAGAUGAAUUUGAAAUCGAAAUAUGCUCUAUACCACAAAAAAGCCACAAUCAAACAGACGACCCAAUCCAAAAUGGGGUUACAUGGAGUCAGUUAUUCUCGGAAGUUUCUGCUAAUAUACGCCUUGCGGAUUCCAUCUGGAUUGAUUUCUUGAGAAAACUGUUCAGUAAAGUAUAUCCAAAUGUUGAAGAAAUAGAUAACAAAAUAGAUGAAAAUGUCAUAAACCAUAAACACGACGGAGUAAAGGAACAAAUAUACCGAUGUUUAGUUGCCUGGAAGAAAAAAGCUGCCGAUGACGCUUGCCUUGAAGAUAUACUACAAGCUUUAGACAAAUGCCGCAUGCAAGAAUUCAGCGGUCAAUUAAGAUUGAAAUAUGCAUCACUUUAUCGUAGGACAGAUAUAGCUGAAGCUGAUGAUUAUCUUAGAGAACAAGACUAACUUUAAAAAGGCGUUGCAGUGGCGGAUUCAAAAAGGGGGUUCCGUGGGUUGGAACCCCUUUUUUUUGGUACGAUCAAAGCAUUUGAAUGGGAACAUAUAGUUGGAACCCACUCCUUUAUGUUGGUUGGAUCCGUUCCUUGCGUUGUUCUUUACAAGUAAAGAAAUAAAACAUGCCAUAGAAUAUUUCUAAAACUUCAUUUUAUCAUGUUAGUCUUAUGCACAUGCAUAUAUUUAAAAAAAUAUUUCUAAGAGACAUUGACCUGUGUCUUGAAAUAUAUUUUGACAAUGACAACAGUCUUGCAGACAGUUGAGGGACUAGCGACGCUACAAAGUUUGUUUAGAAUAGGAGCAUUCGAUGUCUUUAUACCAUGCGGACAUAUAUUGUGCGCCUGCAAUGGGAACAUGUCCCUUAUGUUGAAUUUCUACCAUGUGGGCAUAUUGUGUGAUGUAUUGAUUGUGUUGUAUUAAUUGUGUGCCUGAAAUGAGAAAAUGUUCUACAUGUAUAUGCAGAACGUACAUUAAAGAAACUUAUUUAGCUUCACUUUUAGUUACAUGAAUCCGUAAAUCUGAUAGUUUAGAAAAAAUGAUUUAGAGGCUGAGCUGAAGGUUAAAAAUCAUGUUAAAUUUUUUUUUGAUAAACUUUUUUUUUUAACCAAUGACAAAAGAAUGAAAUGGCGGUGUCAUCAUUUGGAUAUAGAUAAUAACAAUGUUAUAAACUGAAAAAAACUUUUUCUUUAUGUAAUACUGUUUGACUUCUUGCGAGAAGUGCAGAAAACGAUCAUUCUGCUUAUGUCACUGUUACAACAUAUUUAGUUUUAAU